CUGGUGUUGUUAAAAAAAAUCACAUUAAUGGACCAAUCAGUCCGCAGGUUAGGCUUCAAAAACAAUACAAAGAACUGCAGUUAAAAGAAGUGUACUUUUCUGUAAAAACUGGUGACAAUUGCAUUUUAGUUGGAGAUAAAGUUGGUCUUAUAAGAAACAUAGUUUGUGAAAGUACUGACAAAGAAAAGUCACUAAUAUAUGAGGAAUUUGGAGAUGUCUCUAACUUCUUUGAUAUUCCUUUACUUUCAUCUGACCUUAGAAUUUUUGUAGUUUCUGGUCUAACUGGAGAAAUGAAAGUUACCAAAGCUUGUGAGGUUUUCAAGUGUGUUCUCUUACCUUUCCAGGAAAAGUUUUUGACCAUUCCCCUUCUGCACACAUUAUAAAGUAAUUUUUACACAUUAAUUAAGCCUUAGAAUUAAAUAAAUUUUUACUUCUUUAAAAAAGGAAAACAUUCAUUUUUAUAAUGGUUAAACAGUGGUUUUACAGAGAUAUUACAUUUUUGUAAAUGCUUAAUUAUUACCUGAAAAGUAGCGAUAAAUGUGAAGUUAUUUGUCACAAAGUAUUAUUUUGACUUCGAUACAAAAUACUUAGUCACUGUAAGUUUACUUAUUUCCAAAAAGCAACAGAUGAAAAAGAUGGUUCCAGUAAUUGGCCAAAGAGUAACUUUUUGGAUACUAUAAAUACACCAAAAUUAAAAUGAUUAUGAGAAAUAAAGGCAUUUUGGAGGCCUUUUAUGUGUUUCCUAAGAAUCUAAACAAGUUAAAUUGAUGUUUUUUCCUUAUAUUUUACAACUGAUUAAAGGUUUUUUCCUUAUGCCAAAAAAUGGCAAAAAUGCAAAAAUAUCCUAAAGUAAAAGAUAUAAAAAAUUUCUAUUGAAUCUCCUGUGCAUUAUACAACAUGGUUUUACAGUAUUUUUUAUUUGAGAUAUUCGGCCCCUUUCUCAUCCGUAGGAGUAUAACAAACAACCUAUAAUAUGGAACAGUGGUUUAUUUUCCCUGCAUUUGGAAUAGUGCCAGUACUUGACAUGGGUUUUACUGAAAUUUGGAAUUUUACAAAAGAUGCAAAAUAUUCAUUAAUCUAAGUAAAAAAUACACUCUUAAACCAUGUAUGAUUUCUUAAGGUUGAAAAAAAAAUUGAUAAAAUUUUAUAUAAAUGAUGUUGAAAGUACGAAAUGAAUUGGGUACGAAUAUUACUCAUGUGGUUAUACUUGGUUUUUAUUGUAAAUCACUAAUAAAUAUGGAGGCAUCCAUUACUGUUUUUUUGGGUUUUUUUUUUUACCUUGAAUUUUGCCAAUUUUUGUGGUAAAUUUCAGUUUUAUUUAGGGAGUUUACCAGUCAUGAUUCAGGAUAUUUGCUGUUUAUUUUCUAUUGGGAAGGGUGCCGUUUGCAGGUAUCAGUUAUUUACGGGGGGAAAACGCUGUGGAAAAAACCUUAAGAGAAAUUUUAGCAAUUCAGAAUGUAGUUAUGUUUGACCUAAUUUAUAUGUUUCGUUAGGUCUCUUUCUGGAAAGGGAAAGUAUGUACAUGUACAAUCAUUAAAAAUUGUUGUAAAAGUUUAGAUAUUAGCAAACAAAACCGUGUCAUGAAAUAGGUAGAUAUGUGCUGACAUUUUAUAGUUUAAGAAAAUCACAGCCCUUUAUAUGUUUAAAAAAAUCUGCAAAUGUGAAUCCAUUUGUCUAAGCAAUAAAGACUUAUAUUGUAAAAUAUUGGUACAUUUUCAUCACUUUCUUUUGAAAGUUUGUUGGAAUGUUUGUGUUACUACAUUUAGAAUGUACGUGCUUGUUGAAUUCACUGAUGAAAAAUGUUUAGCUGUAAUUCCGGACAAAUGGCGUGAUGGAACAAAAUGUGCUUUAUGGCCAAGCUGGAAGGUAUCUUCUAAAAUUACUAAAGCUGCAAUGAAGAAGAUUGAGCCGCAGGGUGAUUGGCAAUCCUUCCCAAUCCGUGAAUUGUACGAACAUGAAUCAUAUGAUAAGGUACGAAAGAAGCUGCGUGAAGCAGAAGAUGAAUCUGACCUAGCAACUGCCUUAGAGGCUAGUGAAGAUGAGGCAGAUUCAUACCGCCGAUCAAAGAGAAAAAUCAGAAAAACAGUAUUUCUUCAUCUGAUGAAAAUGAGGAACAGGCAUGAUUUUACUGCUGUUUCACGCAGUAAGAUAACAGAGGAAGGGUCUCAGGAAGAAGUUCAAUCAAUGCUUUUGACAGUUUCUAAAUCAUCACCACCGUCUUCCAUCUCACCACCGUCUUCCAUCUCAUCACCACUGUCUUCCAUCUCAUCACCACUGCCUUCAACAAAAUCGCCAUCUCUUCCUAAACCACCGCCACGUAUCCCAUUGGCAACCAACUCCAAAUGUGAAAGUUGGCUCAAAGACGCAAGAAACAGCAGCUCCAGAUGCAAGUAUAUAGAGAUCAUGUUCGCUUCUCAAGAGAAGUGUUCAAUAGUAUCGAAAAAAUUAGAAUCGAACAAAAACCAGCAACGUAGAAUGCUUGAAACUCUUCUAGAUAUGGUACAGGAGCUAGGAGCGUCAAAAGUGAGCAGCUCCAGUACCUUCAGUCUGCCUGAAGGUAUUACCCUUCCCCUCCAAUCUUUGGAGGAUGUUGAAGGGUUAGAAAAAGAGUUGAGACAACAGACUGUUCUCAACAACAUGUGUUAA